CAUAUCCUGUCGUGGUCCAGUGGCCUCCUCUGCCCAUACCCUGAAGCACCUGGAGUACACCCAACAGAACAGCUCCCGCCUGCCUCCCUGCCUCCCUGCCUCCGGCCAUGGCUUGCUGUCGCUUGGCCCUCCUUCUGACUGGCGUGCUCCUGGCAGUCUCCCAGCCAGCCCUGACCAAGCCAGAUGCACUGCUGGUCUUCCCAGGACAAGUAGCCCAACUCUCCUGCAUGCUCAGUCCCCACCAUGCCACCAUUGGGGAAUACGGUGUGUCUUGGUACCAGCAGCGAGCAGGUAGCGCCCCCCGCUACCUCUUCUACUACCGCUCAGAGGAGGACCACCACCGGCCCCCAGGCAUUCCUGACCGCUUCUCGGCAGCCAACGAUGAAGUCCACAAUGCCUGCAUCCUGACCAUCAGCCCUGUGCAGCCUGAGGAUGACGCAGAUUAUUACUGCUCUGUGGGCUACAUAUCCUAGGGGUGGGGUGUGGGAUGAGUGUCUCCUAUCUGUCUCCCACUUCUGUCCCUGACCUUAGUCCUCUAACAUUCUGAGCCUUAAUUUUCCUGCUCUGUAAAAUGGAUUAAUAAUAUUCACCAUGUCAACAAUAA